UUUAAAUUAAUGGAAUAGUAAGCUGCAACAACUUAAGAGAAAACUCAAAAUUAAGCACCAGCUCCAUCUGCCUAAUAGCCUUAAGCUUAAUCAUAAAAACCUAAAACAGUCUUAUCAGAAAUUAAACUCUAAAUCUUAUUAUUAGAAAAGGCUGUAAGUUCUAAAGAUAUUAAAGCAAUUCAAAAAGUAUCCAUAUUUGUAAAAAAAUUCAGAAAUGUAAUAUUCAUUAAAUUUAUUUAGACUGUAAAAUCUCAUCAUUUGUGCAAACUCUAUGGUACAUUCUUUCAAAAUGUAGCAGUUUAAUAAGGAAAUGAUUAUGAUGCCAAUUUUAAUGAAGAUUUAGGAUUAAGUACUUAAGUUGUUUCAAAAUUAAAUAAAAUAAUUGAAGUAAAUGUAUUUAUUCAAUGUCUUUAUCUAAUUUGGUUAUUUUAAUAAAAAUAAACAGAGGCAUACGAAUAAGUCAAUAUAAUUGGCAAAUAAUUAUUAUAAUAAGUUUAAUAAAAUAAUAAAAGAUAUUUAGAUACUUUAUUAGGAGUUAUUUAUGAAUACUUAUCAAAAUCACAUGAAAAAUUAGGUAAACUUGAUUAAAUUAGAGAGUAAUUAUAUAUAUUAUUAUAAAAGUGUCUUAUUUGAAGGUUAUAGAAAUGCAUGUUAAAAUAGAGAUGAAAAUGGUUAAGCUAUUUUAAUAAAUUUGAUAUUGAGAAACUUUAUUCAUUACAACUAGUAUGAAUAGAGUUAUAAUUUUUUAAAAAAGACUGAAUUUCCUGAACAUGCUUUUGGAAAUUAAUAAGCAAGAUUCUUAUAUUACACCGGACUUAUUCAUGCAAUUAGAGGUGAAUAUUAGGAAGCUUAUAAGAAUCUUACUUAAGCAAGUCAUAAAGCUCCAGAUAAUACAGCAUUUGGAUUUAAAGUUUAAGCAAUAAAAGUGAUUGCUUUGGUUGAAUUAUUGUUAGGUAAUAUACCAAAUAGAGACACAUUUACUUCUCCAGAAUAUUAAAAAGCCUUGUAUCCAUACUAUAGAAUUGUUUCAACUGUUAUCAAAGGUAAUUUAGGAGAGUUUUAAUAAGAAGUAGCAAGAUCAGAAAAUAUACUAAGAAGAGAUAAAUUAUUUAAUUUAAUUUAAAGGUACUAAAGAUAUACAUAUUUUAGAUUACCAUAAAUAGUUAUCAAAGCUGGACUCAGAAGAAUUAAUCUCUCUUAUUCUAGAAUUUCUUUAAAUGAUAUUCAUUAAAAAUUGAACCUUCCAAAUUAAUGUAAUGCUGAAUAAGUUGUUGCUAAAGCUAUUAGAGAUGGUACUUUAGCAGCUGUCAUUGAUCAUGAAAAUUAAAUAGUUAUAACUAAAGAAACUAAUGAUCUUUAUGGAACUAAAGCACCUUAAGAAGCUUAUGGAGAAAGAGUUAAUAUUUGUUUAGGACUAUAUAAUUAAGCUGUUAAGGUAAAUGAUUUACAAAAAAUAUAAUUAGGCCUUAUAAUAUUAAAAUCCAGAAUAUGAUUAUGGAGAAAAGUAAGCAGAUGAUGAAUUAACAACUGAUGAAUUAUUAAGUUUAGCUGAGCUUGACUUUUGAGUAACAUAAAAAUGUAUAACCACC